GAGACCAAAAUCUGUUUGGAAUCUUCUGCUGCUCACACAGGACUCACAUUCACCAUGGAGGUGCACAUGCGUCCUCUUCUCUAUCUGCUGCUGUGCAUGAAUUGUGCAGUUCAGGGAGAUAACAAUAAGAGAUUCCUAAUCACUGCUCCGAGUGUCUUUCAUGUUGGUGUGAAAGAACCCAUAUGGAUUCAGGUGGGGGAGGCAUUGCUUGGAAAACCUGUGUCCUGUCAGUUAGAAACGGAGAUGCGUAUUCCCAUGUCCACACAGGAGACCAAAACAAUCAGCAAAAAAGGACAGUUUGAGGCAGUGAAGCUUGAGAUAUUUGCAAAUGAAGUUUCAAACCUGAAAUCGAUCAGUGGAGAGCCUCCUUAUCUCAACCUGGCAUGUGAAGUUGAUGGUCAGAAAUGGCAGACUCGCGUCCUGGUCUCCAAACACAGUGGCUACAUCUUUAUUCAGACUGACCAACCCAUUUACAACCCCACACAGAAAGUUUGGUUCAGGAUCUUCACUCUUGACCACUCUAUGCGACCAAAAUCAGAAAUAGUUUAUGUCUCUAUAUAUAAUGCUGAUGGGAACAAGAUCAAGAAAUCGACGUACAAAGUUUUAGGUGGCAUUUUGUCUAAGUGCUACCACAUCCCUGAUAUUUCAAAACCUGGUGUAUGGAAGAUUACAGCACAUUACAAAGGUGACGAGAAGAAUCCUGCCAUGCGUGAAUUCAAGGUCCAGAAGUUUGUUCUUCCCAGCUUUGGGGUUUCUGUUCAGUCAGAGAAAGCCUUUCUGCUAGUGAAGGCAGAGACAUUCAAAUUCACCAUUCAAGCCUCAUACACAUAUGGUAAGGAAAUCAACGGUGGUUUCCACUGUCGGUUUGGGAUGAAAAAGGAUGAGUCAGAGAAUAAUCCUGGAGAAAUUGAAUUCAUCAAGGGACUGGAAAAAACUGGAUCUGUGAAGAGAGGCCAUGCUGAGAUUACUGUUAAAAUUUCAGAUAUCAAACAAAAACUGAAUUCAACAUUAGAUGAUUUGGCAGCGACUCGGACCCAAUUCUACAUUGCUGUCACAGUUACAGAUAUUUUAAGUGGUGAGGUACAGGAAUCAGCAGCUUUCCUUCCCAUCGUUUUGAGUCCAUACAAUGUGGAUCUGUCUCGGACAAGAUUGUUCUACACUCCUAAAUUUCCCUUUCAAGCUGUGGUCACAGUCCAUCACCCAAAUGGUUCCCCGGCUGAAGGCGUUCAAGUGAACUUAGAUGUCUCAAGCACCAAAGAACAGUCAAUAAUUAUUAGAACUAAUAAAGAGGGAAUCGCAUUUCACUUUUUCAACUUGGAAGGAACACCAUCUUCCAUUUCAAUGCAGGCAACAGUGGAUGGUGUCAAGUUAACAAGAGAAAUGCGCCCAGUGAAAUCCACAAAGAACAGCUUCCUGUAUCUGAGUGUGACUAAUAAAGUCAUGUCAUCAGGGGAGUCUCUAGAUGUUACAUUUUAUGUCAGUGGUAAUCCAGUAGAUCGGCAAAUAUAUUAUAUGAUUGUCAGCAGAGGCAUGCUAAAAACAGCGAGCUCUGUUGCAUCAGGUUCUGCAGUAAAAAUAUCCAUCCGUAUCAGCCCAGAGAUGAUCCCGUCCUUCAGAGUGAUCGCCUUUUACUAUGACACAGAUGACAUCAUUGCAGACUCAGUGUGGGUGGAUGUAGAUGACAGGUGUGAGGGAAAACUUGAGAUAAAACUGAAUGGCAACCAUAAUUACCAGCCAGAAGAUUCAGCUGAGCUUGACAUUGAUGUGGGAACACAGAAUGCAAAAGUGGCCUUACUAGUUGUGGACAAAGCCAUUUAUGCCCUGGGUUCUCAAAACAAACUCACUCCAAAACAGGUGUUCACCUCAAUGCAGUCUUAUGAUCUGGGGUGUUCAUAUGGCGGUGGAGAGAACACAGCUGCUGUUUUUAAUGACGCUGGUCUGACCUUCAUCUCACACUCGACCACAAUCCGUUCAAUGAUGAGAAAAGGUUUCAGCUGUGAGUCUGGUUUUAGGCGCAACAAACGCUCUACAGAUAUUCAAACAGAAAUGGCUAAAAAAGAGGCUGAAUUUAAGAAAGCAGAAUUGCAGAAAUGCUGUCGCCAUGGUUUCACCCUGAUUCCUAUGAAGUUCACUUGUGAGGACAGAGUGAAAAGAGUGAGCAAAACAGAAAGUAAGGAGUGUGUGGAUGCCUUCCGAGAGUGCUGUGAGUUUGCAACCAAGCAAAGAGACAAAAAGAGGAGAGAGGACCUGAAGAAAGGGCAUGGCAGAACUGCUGAUUCUAAUGAAGAUGAGGAAUUCUUUGAUUUUGAAAUACAAUCAAUUCGCCGAUAUUUCCCUCCAAGCUUUGAGUUUAAGCAGAUGGAUGUGAAAGGAAAAGUAAAACACACAAUCCAUUUACCCCACUCUAUCACAACAUGGGAGAUCCAGGCUCUCAGCUUAUCUGCAUCCCAUGGUUUGUGUGUGAUAGAGCCUGUUGAUCUCCUUGUAUUUAAGCCAGUGUUUAUUUCCUUGAGGCUUCCCUAUUCGGUCAAACGCUUUGAACAACUGUCUAUAGUUGUGGUGAUCUUUAAUUAUGGAAAGAUGAAAAGAGAGCUUGUUGUUCAAAUGAAACAAGUGGAUGGUCUUUGUUCACCCGGGUCAGCAUCUUCCUCUUCCACUGUCAGAAUCAGUCUGGAGCAACAGUCCUCUCAAACUGUGACUUUUCCUGCCGUUCCCAUGGCAACAGGCCACAUCCCUAUCACCAUUGGACUUUAUGAAGAUGAUGAAGAAAAAACAAGAGUGGAUGCCAUUCAAAAGAUGCUCUUGGUCAAUAAUGAGGGAGUGGAAAUGAGAGAAGAGCAGACUUAUUUUAUUAAUCUGGAUGGUAGAAGUGACCAGCGCUUGUUUAUUGAUGGAUCUUUCCCAAACAGCACCGUUCCAGAAACGAAUGUCAACCUGUUUGUCAAACUAGAAGAAGAAGGAUUUGCCCAGUCCACUGCUGUUCAGUUACUCUCACCAUCCAAAGUGGAAAAUCUGAUCCGGGCACCUUUCGGCUGUGGAGAGCAGACUAUGAUCUUUAUGUCUCCAACUGCUUUGUCAAUCCGCUACCUGGACAAAAGUCAAAACUGGCUGGAACUGGAAGCAGGCUCCAGAGACAAAGCAUUAGAUUUCAUUGAGAAAGCUUAUGAACGAAUUGUAACAUUCAAAAAGCCUGAUGGAUCUUAUGGAGCUUGGCUUGACUAUCCGACAAGUACAUGGUUGACUGCGUUGGUGGUGAAAGUGUUGUCUAUAGUGGCUGAUCGACAGAUCGAAACUCUUCAACAGCGAGGAACAACAGAACGAAGGAUUUCACAGGAGGACAUCCGCCAAGCAGUCACAUAUCUGAUUGGAACACAGAGCUCAGAUGGGUCCUUCACUGAUGCUAAUCCAGUCAUACACAGAGAAAUGCAGGGAGGUAUCGGAGGAGUUGAACAAGAUGCCUCUUUAACAGCUUUCAUCACGAUAGCCCUCAAUCAUUCCCUCCCUUUCUUGGACAGAGAAAGAACCAAUGUGGAGAACAGCAUCUCUCGUGCCACCGACUACCUCCUUAAACGGGUUGAUGAUCUUAAAAGACCUUAUGCGCUAUCCAUUACAGCGUAUUGUUUGUCUACCUGCCUAGCUGACCGAACUCAAGCAAUUUCAGCAUGGAGCAAACUCAGAAGUCUUGCAAAACCAGUGGGAGAGUGUCUUGUGUGGCAAGAUUAUGACAAUAUGCGACUGGUAAAUGAGGCUAAAAGUUACCGUGUGCCCCCUGGAAUGGCGUUAACAGUAGAGACCACCGCAUACGCUCUCAUGACUGCACUAAAACAGAAUGACUUAAUAACAGCACAUGCUGCUGCAUGCUACUUGUCUUCACAAGAGAACUAUGAAGGAGGUUUCAAAUCAACACAGGAUACUAUCAUGGCUUUGGAAGCCCUCUCAGAGUAUGCACUGAAUAUACCUGAAACCCCAAUCACUACAGUCAAUGCACAGUUCACCAUUCCAGGAAGGUCUGAGAUGGAGAAGCUGCUUUUGGAGAAAAAUGAAAAUAAAGUGGAAACAGAAUUAAAGAGACUAGUAGGAAGAGGAAUAGAUGUAAGCCUUUCAGGAGAAGGAAAGGUUAAAGUGAAAGUGGUAAAGGCUUAUUAUGCUCUUAAGGAAGAAUCCAACUGCGCUGAUUUGUCAAUAAAUGUGACUGUAGAGGGAAAAGUGGAAUACACAACUGAAGUACAACAAACUUUCAAUUACUAUGAGGACUAUGAACAGGGAGAAGAGAGGAAGGAGGAGGAAGAUCUCCCCCAUUCUGGCAUUGAGUGGUUUGAUGCUCGCAGCAGACAAAGAAGAGACACCACUCAAAGCACGCAAAAUGAUGUGGUCUAUACAGUGUGUGUCAGGCACACACAGGGGAGGAACCUCUCUGGAAUGGCCAUUGCUGACAUUACUCUACUUAGUGGCUUUGAUGCAAUCAAUACAGAUCUGGAAAAGCUGAAAGACCUGGUGGACAGAUAUAUUUCUCACUAUGAGCUCACACGUGGAAGAGUGCUGUUGUACUUCAAUGAGAUAGAGGAAGGUGAGGCCUGUAUAGCAUUCGGAGCUACGCAAAGUGUGCCCAUUGGAUUAGUUCAACCAGCUCCUGCUACAUUUUAUGAUUACUAUGAACCAGACAGGAGAUGUUCUGUGCUGUACAGCGCCCCCAAGAGGAGCAACAUGGUUUCUGUCCUGUGCACAGAUGAUGUGUGCCAAUGUGCAGAAAGGGGUUGUUUCACUGAGAAGAAAACAAUUGAGAUGAAAAUCCACAAAAAGGACAGAUUGGAUUAUGCUUGUUACCACUCCAGCAUUGACUAUGCACUUGAAGUCAAUGUGGAUUCAGUUUCUGAAGAGAGCAACUUUAUAUUGUAUUUAACAUCUGUGAACGUGGUCCUCCGAUAUAUGGGAGACUUAGAUGUGAACCCAGGCAGCACACGGGUGUUUGCCAAGAGAAAGCACUGCAAAGGUGAGCUGAAAGAGGGUGAGACGUACCUUAUCAUGGGCAAUGAUGGCCCCACCAAAGACUCGAGUGGAAACAUGCAGUACCUGCUGGAUUCAAAGACAUGGGUCGAGCAGAAGCUAUCAACCUCCAUAUGCAAAGCAUCAGUCAACAGGAUUUACUGCAAAGAACUGAAAGAUUUUGUGAAAGAGUACCAAGUUGAAGGGUGUAACGUGUAGUCUGAACUGCAAUUUGGGGAAAUUGAAUUAUUUUACGUUACUACAGCAGAGGAAUCUACAUUUAUCCUGAAUUAACCAGCAU